AUUUAAUAAUGAUAAUAGCACAUUCCACCACAAUCAUUCACACUUCCAUUCUCAUCCAUUUUCCUUCUUUCCUACAAAAUCUCUACAAUUUCGGAACUCAGAUCAUUUCCUUCAUCUCCACGCACAGAUCCAAAUCCCCACUCUUCUCUCUGCGUCAAUAUCGCUUUUCACCCAUUAGAUUUUUUUUUUUUUUUUUUUGUAUAAAUUCAUUUUCUGGAGUAGAACAAAGUAAAAGGGUUUUCUUUUCACAACCCAGAUUCGUUCUUACUUCGAUUCAACUAGUGAUGGGUCGCUUUUAGUUUUUUCGUUUUCCAUCCUAUUUUUAUAAAAAUUGGAUUUUUACUUUUUACAGUUGUAAAAUUCUGAAUUUUGGGGUGUGUUUUUAUUGGGUUUGUUAUGAUGGAUCUUGUUAUUGGUGGAAAAUUCAAACUUGGGAGGAAAAUUGGAAGUGGGUCAUUUGGAGAAAUUUAUUUGGGUGUUAAUGUGCAAACUCAAGAGGAAGUGGCUGUUAAGCUGGAACCUGUGAAGACAAAGCAUCCUCAACUUCUGUACGAGUCCAAAUUGUAUAUGCUUCUUCAAGGAGGAACUGGAAUACCGCAUAUAAAGUGGUCUGGAGUUGAGGGUGAGUACAAUGUCAUGGCCAUUGACCUUCUUGGACCCAGUCUCGAAGACUUAUUUAACUACUGUAGUAGAAAAUUCUCUCUUAAGACAGUGUUGAUGCUUGCUGAUCAACUAAUAAACAGAGUAGAGUAUAUGCACUCUCGGGGUUUUCUGCAUCGUGAUAUAAAGCCCGACAAUUUUCUGAUGGGUUUAGGCCGCAAGGCAAAUCAGGUAUACAUUAUUGACUACGGCCUUGCAAAAAAGUAUCGUGAUCUUCAGACACAUAAGCAUAUACCAUACAGGGAAAACAAGAAUCUCACUGGAACUGCUCGAUAUGCAAGUGUUAACACUCACCUUGGAGUUGAACAAAGCAGAAGAGAUGAUCUAGAAUCACUUGGUUAUGUACUAAUGUACUUUUUGAGAGGAAGUCUUCCAUGGCAAGGAAUGAAAGCUGGCACUAAAAAGCAGAAAUAUGACAAGAUAAGUGAAAAGAAAAUGCUUACUCCAAUAGAGGUAUUGUGCAAGUCACAUCCAACAGAAUUCACAUCAUAUUUCCACUAUUGCCGAUCAUUGCGGUUUGAAGAUAAACCCGAUUAUUCAUAUCUUAAGAGACUCUUCCGGGACCUAUUCAUUCGAGAAGGUUAUCAGUUUGACUAUGUAUUUGAUUGGACUAUAUUGAAGUAUCCACAAAUUGGAUCCAGUUCUAGAACACGGCCAAGUGUGAAACCAGUCUUAAACCCAGGACCAUCUGGAGAGCGAUUAGAACGGCCUUCAGUCGGACAAGAAAUUCGAGAUAGAUUAUCAGGUGCAGUGGGGGCAUUUUCAAGAAGGAAUGGCUCUGCGCAAGGACUGCAGCAUAGGUCUCUAGAUAAUAUGCCGUCUUCCAAAGACGUGCAACCUGAUUCUGAUAGGGCUCGAAGUUCUACUCGUAAUGGCAGUGCUUCAAAAAGGCCUAUGAUAUCAAGCAGCAGACCAAGCUCUUCUGGGGAACCUAGUGAAAGCCGGUCUAGUCGAUUGAUCUCAAGCAGUAGUCGUCUAUCGACUACUCAGAGGGUUCAACCAGGUCUUGAAUCAAAAUCAUCCUUCACCCGUACCGCAGGGACACGAGGUGGUCGCGAUGAUACACUCAAGAGUUUUGAGCUCCUGUCAAUUGGUACAGGGAAAAGGAAAUGAGCGAAAACUGUCGAUGGCUGCAUUGUCUUAUCCUUUUUUUUUUGAGACAUCCACCCUUCACACCUGUUCAUUUUACUCAAUAUAUUUCUAUCCUGUGUUGGGGUCCAUUCAUGGCCAAAAGCUAAUUGAUAUUCCUCAAUGAAGCGUUGGCAGAUCCCUCAAAUACUUCUUCAGAUGCUCUUCCAUGAUUAUCUAAGCUUGGUUCCAUUCAUGAAGAGUCUUUAUCUUUAGGAAUUUGUUUAUACAAGAGAGAUGUUAAUUUGUAAUAAAUACACAUUCUCUACAAUUUUUCUGUUGGACAAAAGGGUAAAAACUGCAAAGUCUAAUAUGCUUUGCAAGUUUUAUAACCCUUCCAUUGCAUCUGGGACCCCUCUAAUAGUGGGUGGCUCCGAAUUUAGAUUGAAGAAAAACAUGAGACUGAUGUGUAUCAGUGAACAAGAAUGUUUGGAGCCUCCUUAGGUUUUGAAGUUUUUGCAGGCAUCUAUGAAGUUGUUGUACUCUUUUAAGAUAAUGCUGAUUAUGUAAUUGAUAUUAAAUGUGAUUCAUAACUUCUGUAUUAAUGUUUAACUAGGCUUGUUUCGCCGUUUGUUAAA